UCCCUUUUUUUUUUUUUUUUUCCGGUCUCGCCGAUUUCUUUGCAUGAGAGGAAAAAUAAGCGCCACGUGCCCCUGCCUGGCUGUCGUUUUCAUUAAAAUAAAAAGCACUACAUUAAUAUCUUUUCUUUAUUUCUCGUUCUCGCCCUUUCUUUCUAUCACCAUUUGGCCGCCGUAUCACCGUAUCACGAGGAUAGCGAGGGACAGGGAAAUCAAAGAGGCAGAGAAGGACGGAGGACGGACGGACCGAGAAGAGAUGGCAGAAGAUCCGGCGCCCACUCGCUGGACUUUUGAGGAUUUCAAGAUGUUUUACAACAUGAAGUUCGGAAGGAAGAAGGAGACAAAGGAAGAGAUGACGGAGGCUGGAUCGGAUCAUAAUGUGAGUUAUGGGAAUGGAUCGGUUCAUGCCAAUGGGAGCAGGAAGAACACUGCCGACUUGGCUGUUUACGAGCAGUUCGAGCAACAGGAGAGAAGAAUUGAUGAGCGGCCGGGAGUUAUCUCGGAAAGGCCUCAGAGGCCCCUACUUCCUCCUUUUGAGUCUGCAGAAAUGCGUACUUUGGCAGAGACUUUAUGCAGAGACAUCAUCCGUGGAAGUCCUGAUGUAAAGUGGGAAAGCAUCAAAGGAUUAGAAAAUGCGAAACGCCUUCUUAAGGAAGCAGUAGUCAUGCCAAUAAAGUACCCAAAGUACUUCACCGGGCUUCUUUCCCCAUGGAAAGGCAUCUUGCUAUUUGGUCCCCCGGGAACAGGGAAGACAAUGCUUGCAAAAGCUGUGGCUACUGAAUGCAAGACUACAUUUUUCAAUAUUUCAGCAUCAUCAAUUGUCAGCAAAUGGCGUGGUGAUUCAGAGAAGCUAGUCAAAGUUUUAUUUGAGCUUGCCAGGCACCAUGCACCAUCUACUAUUUUUCUUGAUGAGAUUGAUGCAAUCAUUAGUCAACGUGGUGAAGCACGAAGUGAGCAUGAAGCUAGUCGACGUUUGAAGACCGAGCUCCUUAUACAGAUGGAUGGUUUGACAAAGACAAAUGAACUUGUGUUCGUCUUAGCUGCAACUAAUCUACCUUGGGAAUUGGAUGCAGCUAUGCUCCGGCGUCUUGAAAAGCGAAUCCUUGUCCCUCUUCCAGAACCGGAAGCAAGGCAUGCAAUGUUUGAGGAUCUCUUGCCAUCGGCUCCUGGGGAAGCACAGAUUCCAUAUGAUUUUCUUGUAGAAAAGACAGAAGGCUACUCAGGUUCAGACAUCCGAUUAGUAUGCAAGGAGGCAGCCAUGCAGCCAUUAAGGAGGUUGAUGGUACUUUUGGAGGACAAACAGGAACCAGUCGAUGAAGAUGAGUUGCCUCCAGUUGGUCCAGUCACGGUCCAAGAUAUUCAAGUGGCUCUGAAAAACACAAGGCCGUCAGCCCAUCUCCAUGCCCACCGCUAUGAAAAGUUUAACCAGGACUACGGCAGCCAGAUUCUUCAUUAAGGGCCAUAUGUUAUCAUUUUCAGAAACAGGACUGCAUGAUGUGGACUUGGUCCAGAUAGCCAUGUUGGAAGCAUCAAACUUUGCAUUCAUCAUGGUUGGUUAAUAAACUGGAAGUUGUCUGCCAAAUUCAUAUCCAACUGCCGUCUGCUCUCAUGCUGCCUACGGAGGAUGAGGGCAAAAUCAUAUACAACUGUGGUCUUGAUCUUACGGUGCCUACUGAGGAUGAGCCCUUAAUUUAUGCAUGUUUAGUGCCUUGGAUGUUUCCAGGGUAAAUUGAGACUAUCGGCAUGUUGCUGUUUGUAUUUUCGCAUUUAAGAGAUGGACGAGAGGUGGAGAGCUUUUGAAUAUUGGAGAAUCAAGGGCCAACAACAUUUUCAAGCAUACAUUUUUGCUUGAUGGAGUUUUUGGGAAGCUCUUCAAUGGUGAAUUUUUUUCUUCUUAAGGAAUGUUUGGUUGAAUGGAGUUGGGUUCUAGAAUAGGAAUAAGAAUGAGCGGCUCUUAUUCCAACUAUUUGGUUGGUAUUUCAACUAUUUGAUUGGAGUGAGUUUUAUUUCCAUUCUGAUUCUAAAGAAGAAUGCGAAUGUCCAAUCCUUUAUAAUUUUGACUCUCCUUAAGUAUUCAAAGUUUAUUCUAACUUCAAUUUUAGUCACAAACUAAAUGCUUAAAGA